UCUCGCCUUCGUUGGUGACUACCGAUCUCAAACUCUUUGGUUUAUUAGCGACAUAUAAAUAAUCCAGUCGUAAGAUAACUGCAGACGAACGUGGAUGGUUUCGGACUUGAUUCCACGUAUUUCGACUGAGUACUUGUUUUUCGAGAGUGGUUGCUAUUCAAAAGCUGUUAGUCGGGAUAGCUGCAGUUGAAGCAAUAUAAUGUCUGACACAAAGGCAUAUGAUAUCUUAUCUGUGUUUGAUGACCAUCAUCCGUUGGUAUUCUUCGUUAAUGGAAAGAAGGUGAUCCAACAUAAUCCCGAUCCGCGAUGCACUCUUUUGGUUUAUCUACGGGAGAACCUUCGUCUCUGUGGAACGAAGGCGGGAUGUGCAGAAGGUGGAUGUGGUGCGUGCACUGUUAUGAUAUCCAAAAUAGACCGUUCGGCAGAUCGCGUUUAUAACUUGGCUAUCAACGCGUGUUUGAUGCCUAUAUGCGCAUUGCAUGGAAUGGCGGUUACGACUGUAGAAGGAAUAGGCAGUACUCGUACCCGACUUCAUCCUGUUCAGGAGCGCAUCGCCAAGGCGCACGGUUCGCAGUGUGGCUUUUGUACGCCAGGGAUGGUCAUGACUAUGUAUGCACUGCUAAGGAAUUCGCCAGUGCCAACGAUGACGGAGCUAGAUGCAGCAUUUCAAGGAAAUCUAUGUCGAUGUACCGGAUACAGACCAAUCAUUGAAGGAUACAAGACCUUUACCAAGGAGUUUCACGUUCAGAGUACUCCUUGCAUUAUGGGUGCUAAAUGCUGUAAGAACAAUCAAGGCACCGACCGUUUUAACGUAGAGAACACGAAAAACGAACUAUUUGAAACCAGUGAAUUCUUGCCAUUUGACCCCAGUCAAGAACCAAUAUUCCCCCCUGAGUUAAAACUAACCGAAUCGUUGGACGAACAUUCUUUAGUUUUUCGAUCACCAAACAUAAGUUGGUACCGACCUGUUAAGCUGAACCAUUUGUUAGCUCUGAAGCAGCGAUACCCAGAGGCUAAACUUGUCGUCGGUAAUACAGAGGUUGGCAUCGAAAUGAAAUUCAAACACUUGGAGUAUCCCGUACUGACAUCCGUGGCGCAAAUUAGAGAGCUCACAUCAAUUGAAAAGCUCGAUCGAGGAUUGAAAGUGGGAUCGUCUACGUCGCUUACGGAGCUGGAGCGCGUCUUGAAGGGGGAGAUCGAUACUAAUCCGGAGCACGAAACGCGAUUAUACCGAGCGAUUGUUGAGAUGCUGAAAAGAUUCGCAGGACAACAGAUCAGGAAUGUGGCUUCCAUUGGAGGAAACAUCAUGACCGGGAGUCCGAUUUCGGAUUUGAAUCCGAUAUUUACUGCUAUGGAAAUUGAGUUGGAGGUCGCAUGCUACAAUGGUGGUAUUCGUCAUAUUCGAAUGGGAGAUGGAUUUUUCACUGGGUAUCGCAAAAAUAUGGUUCAUCCUGACGAAGUACUAAUAUCGCUGUUUAUCCCGAAGACCUCACCGAAUCAGUUCAUUGCCGCCUUCAAGCAAGCAAAGCGGCGCGACGAUGACAUUGCCAUCGUAAACGGUGCAUUCAAUAUCUCAUUCACCCCAGGUACUGAUAUAGUUGAAAAGGCUCAUAUAUGUUUUGGUGGAAUGGCUCCAACAAUUCUGCUAGCUAGGAAAACUAGUGUAGCGUUAGUCGGUAAGAAGUGGGAUAGUAAUAUGGUCGAACUUGCACAUAACCUAUUGGUUGAAGACCUUCCCCUAAGCCCAGAUGCCCCGGGAGGAAUGACCUUGUAUCGUAGAACGCUAUCUUUGGGUUUAUUCUUUAAAGCAUAUCUAGCCAUCAGUGAUUCCCUCACACGCGUGAUUCCAAACUAUGCUCCAAUACCAGAUCGGGAACGAAGUGGCGCGGAAAUUUUCCAUACAUUGAUUCCUAAAAGUACUCAACUGUUCGAGAAGGUGUCUAAUGAUCAACUAGCCACUGACCUAAUUCGAAGACCGCAGGUUCACUCUUCAGCAUUCAACCAAGCCACUGGUGAAGCCAUAUACUGCGAUGACAUUCCAAAAUACAAUGACGAGCUUUAUCUGGCGCUUGUUACCAGCACUAAAGCCAAUGCGAGAAUCCUGUCCAUCGACGCCACAGAAGCACUCUCGAUGGAUGGAGUGCAGCAAUUUUUCUCCGCAGCUGAUCUAACCGAUCAGCAAAAUCAGUGGGGUCCUGUGGUACAGAAUGAAUUCGUAUUUUGGAAGGAUGUCGUCCUCAGCCAAGGUUUGAUCAUUGGUGCAAUCGUAGCAGAUGAUCAAGCCGUUGCUCAGAAAGCAGCUCGUGCCGUCAAGGUGCUGUACGAGCAAUUGUUCCCAAUAAUUGUAACCUUGGAAGAUGCUAUCAAAUACGAUUCCUAUUUUCCCGGAUAUCCAAAAUAUAUGACUAAAGGUGAUGUCGACAAGGGUUUCAAAAAAGCCCACCAAAUACUGGAAGGCGACUGCAGACUGGGCGGACAGGAACACUUCUAUUUGGAAACACAUUCGUGUCUUGCUGUUCCCAGGGAUUCGGAUGAAAUUGAACUAUUCACAGCAACUCAACAUCCCAGCGCGAUCCAGGAGUUCGUAGCUCGCGCUCUGGACAUUCCUUCAUGUAAGGUUUUCUCGCGUGUAAAGCGCUUGGGUGGUGGAUUCGGGGGGAAAGAGUUCCGUUCGGUUCUGUUAGCUGUUCCGGUAGCCCUUGCCGCUUACAAACUGGGUCGUCCAGUACGAUGCGUACUGGAUCGAGAUGAGGACAUGUCCAUCACCGGCACUCGGCAUCCUUUCUACAUUAAGUACAAGGUUGGAGUUGAUGAAACCGGACGAAUAGUUGCAGCCGAUUUCAAGGCUUACAACAACGCUGGCUGUUCCAUGGAUUUGUCAUUCUCGGUAAUGGAUCGUGCCAUGUUUCAUAUCAACAAUGCCUACGACAUACCGAACCUGCGGGUUGAGGGGUGGGUUUGCAAGUCCAAUAUUCCAUCAAAUACCGCAUUCCGAGGUUUUGGGACGCCUCAAGCUAUGUUGGCAACUGAAACGAUGAUGCGUCACAUUGCUAGAUCACUUAACCUGGAUUACGUAAAUGUAAUGGAACUCAACAUGUGUCGUAGUGGCUAUGUAACUCAUUACGGACAACAGGUUGAAAAUUGUAAUCUGCAAAGAUGUUGGUCCGAGCUUAAAAACUCUUCAGAAUUCGUGAUGCGCCGCACAAAGGUUGGGCUGUUCAACCAGAACAAUCGCUGGCAUAAGCGUGGUAUCAGCUUGGUACCGACGAUGUACGCGAUAGGGUUCGAUGCUAUACACAUGAACCAAUCGGGUGCCCUUGUGCACGUAUAUCAGGACGGUACGGUGUUGUUGACCCAUGGUGGGGUCGAGAUGGGCCAAGGUAUUCAUACCAAGAUGAUACAAGUAGCCGCUUCCAUCCUCAAAGUCCCAGUUGAGCUGAUUCACAUAUCCGAAACAUCAACGGAGACGGUUCCCAACACUUCGCCAACGGCAGCCAGUUUAGGUUCCGAUCUCAACGGCAUGGCUGUUCUCAAAGCUUGCGAGUUUAUCAACGACCGUUUGAAACCCUAUAAAGAACAAUUUCCUGAUCAGGACUGGAAGUUUUGGAUCAACAAAGCAUACUUCGAUAGAGUAUCGCUGUCCGCUACUGGGUUUUAUGCUACUCCAGAGGUUCACUUUGAUCGUACGACGAACACAGGAAAGCCAUUCAACUAUUACGUCUACGGAACAGCCUGUUCAGAAGUAGAAAUCGAUUGCCUGACCGGUGAUCAUCAGGUGAUCCGUACUGACAUCGUAAUGGAUAUUGGUUCCAGUCUUAAUCCUGCCAUCGACGUUGGUCAAAUCGAGGGUGCUUUCAUGCAAGGUUACGGUUUAUUUACUUUAGAAGAGAUUGUUUACUCUCCGGACGGAACACUCCGUUCUCGAGGUCCAGGGACGUACAAAAUUCCUGGAUUUGGCGACAUUCCCGGUGAAUUCAACGUUUCACUCUUAACGGGGGCUCCGAAUCCCAGAGCGGUUUAUUCAUCUAAGGCUGUCGGCGAACCGCCGUUAUUCUCAGCAGCUUCUGUCUUCUUCGCUAUUCGAGAAGCCAUCGAAGCUGCGCGUGAGGAGGAGAAUUUAGGUAGCGAUUUCGAUUUAGUGUCGCCCGCCACUGCCGCCAGGAUUCGAAUGGCCUGUCAAGAUCACAUUACGAGCAAGUUUUCAGAGGCAGCAUUAGGAUCCUUCAUUCCUUGGGAUGUGAUGCCUUAAUUUAGUUAUGUAGCACUGCCUAAUAAAUGGAGUUGGUGUAAAGGGUA